AUGAAUAAAUUUUAUAUUCAAAUUUUUUUUUUUCUUUUAAGCAUAUCCCUAUAUGGGAAUAAUAAAGCUCUUGCAACUGAAGUUGCUCCAAAAACAGGUGCAAAACCCAAAUCAAUAAGAUAUACAAAACCCAAAUCGAUAAGAUAUACAAAACCCAAAUCAAAAAAACAUGAAAAACCCAAAUCAAAAAAAUCGUAUCCUGCCAACGACAAUACAGAAGAAAUAUAUGAAAAAAACAAGCACCUAUUACAUCCCGAUAUCAUGGAACAUAUAAAUGCGCGCAAUUUUAUGAGAGAUGCUUUAGUACAAUUAGAAUAUCAUGCUAAUAGUAGAGCUUAUUAUAAAUUAUUUUGUAGAAAUUAUGAUUAUCAUAUGCUUUUUUACAAAAAAAAUUUUCGAGGUCAUACAAAAAUUCAAAAAGUUGAAUAUAUAAUUGAUGAUCCGAAUCAGUAUAAUGAAAUAAUAAACGAGGUAUGGGAUCCAAAUAGUGACAAUUAUUUUUAUGCAGGCUCGGUUAAAAGAAAAAUUGUCCGAGUAUACAAUCGAAAUUUAGUAAUGAUACAGCAACGUUGCAAACAAUGGUCGUGGUCUCGUGAAAAAUAUUUUUAUGCUAUAGCUGCAAAAUAUAAAAUAUCAGAAAACAAAACUAUAUUUGUCAUGGCUUCAGCAAAUAUAAUUGAUCACAACCGUAAAAAUAACAAAUAUUUUGAAAAUGAAAUAGUAGAAAGUGCAAAUAUAUUCCAAGCUGAAAUUGAUUCUGAAGAUGAUAUUAGAAAUGGAGAAUUAAAAAAAAUGUUUGUUAACUUAAGUGGAUACAUUUUUGAAAAAAGAAAGAACCAUAUUUAUAUCACCUAUGUCGACUCUAAUGAUGAACAUGGUUCCAUUUAA